CUGAACGUGUCGAUGAAAUUGAAAGAAAGGGCAACUGAACUGUGGUGUUGCAUUCACGACCUAAAUAAAAGAAGUUGCCAAUACGUUUUCAAUGAAGUCCUCACGACGACAACGUCGAUGACUGCUGAGCUGCUUUCCCAUAGAAUCUGUUGAAAGUAGAGCUGAUAAAUGCCCAUUGGUUGGAAACGAAAGCAAUGUGGGCGCACCCACAAACAAGGAAGUCAAAUGCUUCUUCCCGAGUUGCCCUACAUGCACCUAACGCGAGCGAGAAAGAUCGCCAACGAUUGCGUUGGACGGACCCAACUUGAUAAAAAUUCGACUUCAUUUACAUGCAAGCUGGCGGCGGCGUUCGCCAAUUCCGAUAUGUUUUUCUUCAUCGUUAGUAUUCUGUUCGACGCUGCAAAGGUCAUAAACACCGACACCCACAGCCUGAUGUACAUCUACACGGGGCUGUCAGAGGGGGCGGCGCUCCCGGCGGGCACCCACCAGUUUACAGCCAUGGGCCUGCUGGACGGUCACGUGAUCGACUACUACGACAGCGGCUCCAUGAAGAAGGUCCCCAUGCUGCCGUGGAUGGCCGCGGAGUUGAGCGCCACGUACUGGCAGCAGGGCAGCCAGUCCCGGAGGAGCAAACAGCAGUGGUUCAAGGUCAACGUGGACAUCCUGCUCAAUCGCAUGCAACACAACCGCUCGGACGUGCACAUCCUCCAGUGGCUGCACGGUUGCAGCGGCGACCUGCUUCCCAACGGCAUGGCGGCCUUCCGCACGGGCGUGGACACGUACAGCUAUGACGGCCUGGACUUCCUGUCCUUCGACUACAAGCGCGGCGAGUGGGUGGCGACGGCCCCCGCGGCGCUGGAGACCAAAAGGAGGUGGGACGACGUGCAGUUCCUCAAGGACUACACCCGCGCCUACCUGGACAAGGAGUGCAUCACCUGGAUGAGCCGCUACCUCCGCUACCAGCACGAUCGAGCGGAGCGCGCGCCGCCGGCCACCGUCGACAUGUUCGCCAGGAAGAUGCGCGCCAAGAGCACGCUGCUGCUGACCUGCCUCGCCAGCGGCUUCGGCCGCAAGGACGUCGGCCUGGAGAUCGGCCGGAACCGCCGCACGCUGACCAAAAAGGACGGCGUGACGUCCACUGGCGCGCGGCCCAACGAAGACGGGACCUUCCAGAGGCGGGACAGCGUGGAAGUUCUCGAGAGCGACGCCGCCAACUUCACGUGCCUCCUCCGGCAUCGCCUGUCCGGACUUCACGUGGAAGCGCUUUGGGAUCACAAGAUCUUGAGCCCCCCCGCUGUUGACGUGGGCGUCGCCAUCGGCGGCGGCGUGGCGGGACUUCUCGGCGCCAUUUUGCUGGUCUGGCUCAUGUGGAGGAAGGGCAAAGAAGGUGCAGCUCGCAAGGCCACACCCCCGGAAUCAGUCCAAGAGAAGAGUUUGCAGCUGCUGGAGCGCGAGCAAGGUAACGGGCCAGUCUCCGCCGAGAUGGGCGCCGCCCAGUCUUUGGAAUCUUGCGGCACCUCCGACUGAGGCGUGGCUUCCGGGGACUCUCUUGGCGACAACCCGGACGGCACGAGGCUGCUGGCUGCCGACUCGCUUCCCUGACGCGUAACGAUGACUUCAUCAGUGUGGGCGGGAUCAACAUAAGCCCAUCGCAAAUUGAACAUUUAGGACCAAGUUAAUACUCAACGACCUUUUUCAUGUCUGAAACGAGUAAAAAUCCAUUUACGAGGACAAAGCGAUUGACCAAAUGUUUUGACAUUGUCAUCGACAAAUCAAAACAAGAUGGAAUCGUCUGUCGGAGACCAGAUGCAAUCAGAAGUCAUUUUGUUUGAAGAGGUGGGAGGAGUUGACAAAAGGACCAAUCAGAAUUGACGUCGGCUUCGUGAGGUUUGAAAGGCGGCGAAUGGCGUUUUCGAAGCACAAGACCAAUUUGCGGAGACUUUACAGUCCAGUUGUCCCCAAAUCCACGUCCGCAGUACUGGAGGCUGACACGGGAGAGGACUUUGACUCCGGUCCGGUCCCGUCCCGUCCCGUCCCGUCCCGUCCCCUCCCCUCCCCUCCCCUCCCCUCCCAUCCCAUCCCACUCCCGUCGUUUUUUUCUGCCAGUCAAUCCUGCUCUGUUGUUGGGAAUGCGUAUAACGAUAUCAGGUGAUGCUUGUGCCCAAUCGCGUGAUGAAUAGUGAAAUUCGCUCCCAUCCCGAAAAAGGGUCUGCCUCUAAUCCAAUGCGUGUAAAAUCAUUCAGAAUAAGUCUUUUGUCGAUCAUUUAGCGGCAUGCAUAGAUGUUGUAGUCCGUUCUUUUGCUAACUAACUUGACGUGAAUGAAGGUCGUGGUUGACGCUUUCUGUCGGUGGACGAUGACGUGCGUGUGUUGCUGUUGUUAUUCAGGAGAAAGCAGGUGGCAGCAGACGGGGGCACGCCUGUCACACGGCCACAGAUCGGAGUUUCUAUGAUUAUGAUGUUUUUCUUUCUGAUUCAGGGAGGGCAGGCCUGAUGGCCUUAUAGCGUAUGCACUUUUUCCUUGCCAUCUUUAGAUUUUUGCACUAACGGCACUGCUGAGUUUUACGGGCAAAUAAAUGUUUGGUCCAAAUCA